AUGAAGAUAAUAAUUAUCAUUUUAUUAGUAUUAUAUAUAUAAUAACUAGAUUAGUUUUUAAGUAAUUUUAUUUAUGGAAAUUUCUAUUUGAUUGAUAUCUAUAAUGCUCAAUAAUAACAUUCUAUACCUUUAUUUUAAUUAAAUCUUAUAUUUAAAGGAUGUUUAGUGAAUUUGCUUUAUUCCUAAUAAUUUUUUGAUGAAUAACCUUCUUAGGUACCUUAGACAAUCAAUGACAUUAAGAUAUUUUGCUAUUUUUCAAUUAAAUUAUUUAAAAAUAAAGAUUAGAUAAAAUAAGUUCUUAGUGUCUAACCAAUUAAUGAAUAAAUUCCAGAACUGAUUUAAUUAACAAAUAACUAACAACUUAAACAAGAAUAGGGUUGA